GUUUUACUUCCGGGUCCCCUGCGAGGUUUUGAGUUCAUCUUCGCUGCUAUGUAGUAAUCUGUUCAUGGCUCUGACGUGUGCUUCGCUGUGAAAAAAAAUUGCCGCAGGUGUUUUUAUGCACUCUUCAUGAUGUACCGGCAGCCGGUGCUGAAGAACAGGAGGACUCUCCUCGAGAGAGCAGAGAAGUUCAUCUCUGAUGUUUAUUUCACAGACUGCAACCUGAGAGGACGGCUCUAUGGAGACUCUUGCCCGCUGGAGUCACUCGCCUCCUUCUUGUCCUCGAAGCGCAUCCCGUUCUCGGAGGCCGCCAAGCAGAACUUUGCACCUCAUAAAGUGGGCGACACCUUUGGACCGACGUGGUGGACCUGCUGGUUCAAAGUGGGCCUGAAAAUCCCCGAGUCCUGGAGAGGGAAAGAGGUUCAUCUGCAGUGGGAAAGUGAUGGAGAGGCGAUGGUUUGGAGAGAUGGACAGCCAGUUCAGGGCCUGACUAAAGAGGGUGAGAAGACGAGUUACAUCCUGUCUGACUGUCUGAAAGAUGAGGAGCCGCACAAUGUCACCCUUUAUGUUGAGGUAGCCUGUAAUGGGCUUUUUGGAGCCGGUCAAGGAUCCAUGAUUGCAGCCCCAGAUCCAAACAGGAAGUUUUCAGUACAGAAGGCGCGGCUGGUGGUAUUUAACCGGGAAGUACAGGAGCUGCUGACUGAUUUCGAGAUGCUGGUUGACCUCGUGAAGGAACUGGGAGAGGGAGAGCAACGAGGCUACCAGGCACUCUUCACCGUGAACGAGAUGGUGAACCUGUGUGACCCCUCUGAUCCCAGCAGCUUCCCCAAAGCGCGCCGUCUGGCUCGCAGCUUCUUCAGCCAGCGCAACGGAGAGAGCCAGCACACAGUGCACGCCAUGGGUCACUGCCACAUAGACUCAGCCUGGCUGUGGCCCUAUGAAGAGACCAUUCGCAAAUGUGGCCGGAGCUGGGUGACGGUGAUCCGCUUAAUGGAGAAGAACCCAGAGUUUGUUUUUACUUGCUCUCAGGCCCAGCAGUUUCAGUGGGUCCAGAGCUGGUACCCGGGGCUCUUCUCCCAGAUUCAGGAUUACGUCAAGAAAGGCCGGUUCAUUCCAGUCGGGGGAACGUGGGUGGAAAUGGAUGGCAACCUGCCUUCAGGGGAGUCCAUGGUCCGACAGUUCCUGGAAGGUCAGCGCUUCUUCAACCACGAGUUUGGGAUCGUUUGCAAAGAGUUCUGGCUUCCAGACACGUUCGGCUACUCAGCCCAACUUCCUCAAAUCAUGCAGGGCAGCGGGGUUUCUAAUUUCUUGACACAGAAGCUCAGCUGGAACCUGGUCAACACCUUUCCUCACAACACGUUUUUCUGGGAAGGUCUGGACGGCUCCAAGGUUUUAACUCACUUCCCACCUGGAAAUUCCUAUGAGAUGAAGGCCAAGGUUGAAGAUCUGGUGAAGACUGUGAAGAAUAACAAAGAUAAAGGCAGGGCCAACCACAGCGCAGUGCUGUUUGGUUUUGGUGACGGCGGCGGUGGGCCCACACAGCUGAUGCUAGACAGACUGGAGCGGGUUCAGGACACAGACGGACUUCCUAAGGUGCAGGCGUCCAAUCCGGACGAGCUUUUCUCUCAGCUCCGGGCUGCCUCAGCUCUGCUUUGUACUUGGACCGGAGAGCUCUUCCUGGAGCUGCACAACGGCACCUACACCACACAGGCACAGAUCAAACAAGGGAAUCGCCGGUGUGAGACGCUGCUUCAUGACAUCGAGAUAGCCGGCAGCCUGGCUCUGUGUCGGGACAGGACCUUUCAGUAUCCUGCGGAACAGCUGCAGAAGCUCUGGAGGCUGCUUCUUUUAAACCAGUUCCAUGACGUGAUUCCCGGCAGCUGUACAGAGAUGGUUGUGGAGGACGCACUCAGGUAUUACGAAGAUAUCCGCAGCGAUGGUGCUACACUGCUGAAAGAGGCCUGUGGAGCUCUGGGGUCAAAGGGCAAUGCUGCUGGUGUAUUCAACUCUCUGCCAUGGGAGCGCCAAGAAGUCAUCCAGAUUCAAGAUGGCACCGGUGAACCUGCUGUGGCUCUGGUGAGGGUUCCCAGCAUCGGCUUGUCUCCUGUUGAAGACACGCAGCCUGUGGCCCCAGUCUCAGUCACUAAACAAGCUGAUGGCUCUGUCCUCAUGGAGAAUGGGAUUUUAAAGAUCAUCAUAAACAAAGAUGGCACUUUGGCAUCACUUCAUUUGAUCAAUGCAAACAGAGAGGCAAUCUCCGACGGCUGUCAUGGGAACCAGUUUGUCAUGUUUGAUGAUGUCCCUCUGUACUGGGAUGCUUGGGAUGUGAUGGACUACCAUCUACAGACAAGGAAGCCGGUGCUGGAGGUGGUGCAGCCCACUCAUGUGGUGUCCUCAGGUGGGCUACGCUGCAGUGUCAGCUUCACCCUAAGGAUCAGUGAUAAGAGCACGAUCAAACAGGAGAUUGUCAUGGACGCCAUGUGUCCUUACAUCAAGUUCAACACGGAGGUACAGUGGGCAGAGUCUCACAAGUUCCUCAAGGUGGAAUUCCCUGUGCGAGUACGCAGCCCCAACGCUACAUAUGAGAUCCAGUUUGGUCAUCUGCAGAGACCCACACACAGGAACACCUCAUGGGACUGGGCCAGAUUUGAGGUUUGGGGUCACAAAUGGGCCGAUUUGUCGGAGCACAACUUUGGAGUUGCACUGCUGAAUGACAGCAAAUACGGCUAUUCAGUCCACGAGAACACCAUGACACUGUCCCUUCUGAGAGCACCGAAGGCCCCAGACGCCAACGCUGACAUGGGGACUCAUCUUUUCACCUAUGCGAUCAUGCCACAUGCAGGAUCAUUCCAAGAUGCUUCAGUCAUCCAGAGCGCAUACAACCUCAACUUCCCUUUGAGGUCAAUCCAGUGCUCUCCCAACACCGUCCCCUGGAGUGCCUUUUCUGUCAGCAGUGCAGCAAUCAUCCUUGAGACCAUUAAACAGGCCGAGGACAGGAAGCGGGCACUUGUACUCCGACUCUAUGAGUCGCAUGGGAGCAGCGUGACCACAACUCUCUGCACCACCCUUCCCGUUAGGGAAGCCUGGCAUUGCAACCUCUUGGAGAGACAGGACACCACCCAGCCAGCACACAUUACGUCAGAGGGAAUCACGCUGACCUUCAACCCCUUUCAAAUCAUGUCACUUCUCCUCAUCUUGUGAUACGAAAGGCAUUUUACCAGGAAAACUUUGGUGCUGAGGGUAGAAUCUAGUUAGACGGUAUAAAAUGUGGCACAAUCUGGUGCUGUUCUCUUGACAGGUUACUAGGAGACUUUAAAUGAAAGGCAUCUUUACUAAUCUACUUCUAGUGAUGAUAAUUUUGCAUUGAAUAAAUAAACAGUUGCAGAA